AUGAGCUCGGAAAUGUCUGACUCCACCGAGUUGGCCGAAAUGCCUCUGGAAAUGAUUCGUGAAAUGAAGAGAAAAGCAUGCGAAAAGCUCUCGUCGCUUAUCCGGAGCAUAUCAUCAGCUUCAUCCCCGAAGAAGUCCAAACGAAGCUGCUUAUCGUUUUUAACCUACAAGGCUCUGAUCAAAUCAUACAAGAACUUUCAUUGUGUAUAA